AGCAGUUAGACUGGAUCUGAUUGCAGCUAUAUUUCAAACUCAUAAACAAACAUUUAUAUAAUAAAUACUGUUUUUGCCCAUGUGCUUAAAUGUGAUGGCAUUUUCUUUUGGAGCACAUUUACAGUACACUAUAAAUAACUUUAAGAAAUUAAGCACAUUUCAGGCUGUGACUAAACAAAGAAAUCAAACUGGUAUAAAUAUAGGUUCAUCAGCAAUAACCACACUCCAGUCUUGUUGUGCAAAUAUGUAUAAUUGCAACAACAGUUGCUUCAGGGAUGAUGAAUGAUGCAGUUUAGCUAACUGACCUGGCACACCAACGUUUUGCAUAUGGUCACGAGCACCGAUCGCCCUGCAGUCACUCAUGAUUACAGUUUUUCUCAAUUGCUUAAACACUAUAACCAGGCCUCUAAACUAAAAUUUCAAAACCAUAAACGCUAUUGGUCAAAAAGCUCACCCAUUUCCCUGAACUAUAAACACUAUUCCCUGCUUUGACACAUGACUCAAAUUUGGUGAACUGGUACUGCAAAACUCUACACACAAAUCCCUACAUUUUACAGUGCUUACACCAUGUAGUCAUGUAGAAAGCACUAGCAUGCAAUAAUGUUAACUUAAGUCAGCAUAGCUUGAGCCCAAUUAGCACACAAUUAACCAGGUGGAAACACUAGGAGUCAAAAUUUAGCACACACCAAUCAGAACCUGCGAUGGAUAGAUAAAAGGGCCAAAGUCAGCUCAUUCAGGUUUGAAACAAUGGAUCCAAAGAGAUGCAAAGGAAGAGGACGUGGUGGAGAAAGAGGACGUGGUGAAAGAGGAGGACGUGGUGGAGAAAGAGGACGUGGUGGAGAAAGAGGACAUGGUGAAAGAGGAGGAGGAGGAGGUGGUGGUGGUGGUGGUGGUGGUGGUGAUGAAGGAGGUGGAGGUGGAGAACGACGGCAACAAGGAAGGGGAAGAGCAAGGGCACGAAGACAGUCAGUCUCGGAUGAAAUUCGAGCCACUUUAGUUGACCAUGUCCUUGUCCAUGGGAUGACUAUGAGGGAGGCUGGGCAACGAGUACAACCAAAUUUGAGUCGCUUCACUGUUGCCUCCAUCAUCAGAACCUUCAGGGAGGAAAACAGGACACAGAGACGACCACCUGGUGGAGGCAGGUUAAGGCUUUUGUCGGAGGAGCAAGAGAGGGAACUUGUAAACAUGGUAAUUGCAAAUAAUGUAAUCCGCCUGCAAGAGAUUCAAAGGAGAGUGAUUGAGGAUGAUCAUCUUUUUCGAGGCAUAAAUGCCAUCAGCCUCUCCACAAUUGACCGCAUCCUCCGAAAGAAUCAAUUCCGGAUGAAACAGGCAUACCGAGUCCCUUUCGAACGAAACUCUGACAGAGUGAAAAACCAACGUGUGGAAUAUGUUCAGAGAAUCUUUGAGAUUGAAGGACGGCCUGUUCCCCAUGAAAUGAUCUUUGUGGAUGAGGCAGGUUUUAACCUGACCAAAAGAAGGAAAAGGGGGAGGAACAUAAUUGGCCAUCGGGCUAUUGUAAAUGUCCCUGGUCAGCGUGGGGGGAAUGUCACUAUGUGCGCAGCCAUCAGCCAACGAGGGGUACUCCACCGCCAUGCCGUACUAGGACCCUAUAACACUAUGCUUCUCCUUGCUUUUCUUGAUGGUUUAAGACAACAUAUGUUCCAGCUGGACUACAGGGAACCAGCACAGCCAGAGCAGCCUCACUACGUUGUUGUGUGGGAUAACGUCAGCUUCCAUCGCGCUGCUCUGGUUCGUGACUGGUUUACCAAUAACCCAAGGUUUUCUAAUAUCUUUCUGCCUGCAUACUCCCCCUUUCUAAACCCGAUAGAGGAGUUAUUUUCGGCAUGGCGGUGGAAAGUGUAUGACCGAGAACCUUAUGUCCGUGUUCACCUCCUUCAGGCCAUGGAAGAGGCCUGCCUAGACAUAUCAGUAGAUGCAUGCCAGGGGUGGAUCAGGCAUGCAAGAGGAUUUUACCCCCGCUGCCUGGCUGGGGCCAAUAUAGCCUGUGAUGUGGAUGAGAUUCUCUGGCCUGACCCAGACCAAAGACAAGAUGCUGUGGUGGGAUAAUGUUUCUGGUGUGUGUUGUACUGUAUAGUACAUGAAUGACAAUGUGCCACUGUACAUACAUUGGUUGCGUCUUUUGUGUUUAUCAUGUGACAAGGGUUUUGAAGGGGAGAACCAUAAGCAACCUAAUUGUUUUGGAACUAUUGUUUUGAAUUAAUUGUACCAGUGUGCAAAA